UAUUGUGAUAGAACAGAAGACAUUUUUUUUACUUCUAAAGCUUCAGUACUCAUAAUGUAUUUCGCAUUAAUAGGUUUACUGAUAGUAAUUUUUUUUUCGUCAAUUCAAUGUGCUCCACCUGUUAUAAGAGUUGGAGCCAUAUUUCCAAAGCAAUUGCUCAAACGUAGUUCUGAGUUAGCUUUCAGAUACGCAAUUCAUAGGCUGAACCGGGACUCAAGUCUUUUACCUGAGACAAUCAUUGAAUACGAUGUUGAAUACGUUAACCAACUUGACUCUUUUGAAACGGUCCAAAAAGUAUGCAAACUUAUUCGCAAUGGAGUCCAAGCAGUUUUUAGUCCAACCGACUCAAUUUUAGGUACUCACAUUCAUUCCAUAUGUGAUGCCUUUGAUAUUCCAGACAUUGGUCGAUCCCCUCAUGAUUUCUCUAUUAACAUUUAUCCAUCCAGAAAAUUCUUAAAUCUGGCAUUUAUUGACCUUAUAAAUUAUCUAAAUUGGACUCGUUUUGGAAUUUUACAUGAAAAAAAAUAUGGAAUAGUUGACAUGCACCAGCUUACGCGAUCUAUUCAAGUUGAAAUUCACAUGCGACAAGUAUCUUUGGCGACUUACCUAUCAACAUUAAAAGAUUUUAAAGAAAAGGAAAUACACAAUAUUAUCAUCGAUACAAACUCAGAAAAAAUAACUAUUUUGUUAAAAAAAAUAUUGCAACAGAAAAUGAAUGAAUACAAAUAUCAUUAUUUGUUUACUAGUUUUGAUUUGGAAACAUUCGACCUAGAAGAUUUCAAGUAUAAUUAUGUAAAUAUAACAUCGUUUCGUUUAGUUAAUAGAGGAGAUGUUGUAGUUAAAGACAUUUUAAAGGAUCUUACCUACUAUACUCAGAAUAUUCAUAAUCAUAACAAUGCAGUUUUAAAUUUAAAUAAAAUUGGUAUGAUUGAGUCAGAGUCAGCACUAAUGUUCGAUUCAAUGUAUAUUUUUGCAAUUGGAUUACAGACCUUGGAUCAAUCACACACUAUUUUCAUAUCAAAUUUGACUUGUGAAGACGAAAUCCCUUGGAACGGUGGUCUCAGUCUAAUUAAUUACAUAAAUUCGGUGGAAUGGAAAGGUUUAACAGGCCCAAUUCAAUUUAAAGAGGGAGAACGAGUGCAAUUUAAAUUGGAUUUGGUAAAAUUAAAGCAGCACUCUAUUGUAAAAGUUGGCGAAUGGACUCCAAAUGGACAUCUUAAUAUUACAGAACCCACAAUGUUUUUUGAUUCUGGAUCUAUAAAUGUGACUCUGGUCGUCAUAACUAUUCUGGAAACGCCUUACGUUAUGAUGCACUAUGAAAAAAACUUUACGGGAAAUGAAAGAUUUUAUGGAUUUUGCGUCGAUAUUCUUGAAACGAUAUCCCACGAAGUUGGCUUUGAUUACAUAUUAGAUUUGGUUCCCGACCGAAAAUAUGGAGCCAAAGAUGCCAACACAGGUGAAUGGAAUGGAAUGGUUUCACAGCUCAUGAAAAACAAAGCGGACUUGGCGGUUGGCUCAAUGACUAUUACUUAUGCUAGAGAGAGCGUAAUAGAUUUUACUAAGCCAUUUAUGAAUUUGGGAAUAAGCAUUUUAUUUAAGGUCCCAGCUACAGAACCAACACGGUUAUUUUCUUUUAUGAAUCCUCUAGCUAUUGAAAUCUGGUUAUAUGUAAUAAUCGCAUAUUUCCUUGUAUCAAUUUGUAUUUAUAUUGUAGGGAGACUUUCACCUACUGAAUGGCGCUGUAUUCAUCCUUGUAACUUAGAUCAUAUUACUGUUGGCAACCAAUUUUGUUUAUCGGACAGCUUUUGGUUUACAAUCGAAACGCUUAUGCAACAGUCACCCGAUAUUUUCCCGCGAGCAAUAGCAACUCGUAUUAUAAGUAGUAUUUGGGGCUUCUUCUCAAUUAUAAUAGUAGCGUCAUACACUGCUAAUCUUGCUGCAUUUUUAACUACAGAGCGAAUGAUAAAUCCUAUUGAAAAUGCGGAUGAUUUGGCAUCGCAAACAGAAAUUUCAUAUGGUUCCUUGGAUAGUGGUUCCACGAUGACAUUUUUUCGGGAUUCUAUGAUUGAAACUUAUAAAAAAAUGUGGAGAAAUAUGGAUAACAAAAAACCAUCAGUAUUUACAACUACAUAUGAAGACGGCAUAAAACGUGUAAAUCAGGGAAACUAUGCAUUUUUAAUGGAAUCUACAAUGCUUGAUUAUAUUAUACAGCGAGAUUGUAAUCUUACACAAAUUGGCGGGUUGUUGGAUACUAAAGGGUAUGGAAUAGCAACACCAAAAGGAUCACCAUGGCGAGAUAAAAUUUCAUUGGCUAUACUGGAGCUCCAAGAAAAAGGAGAAAUUCAAAUAUUAUAUGAUAAGUGGUGGAAAAAUUCUGAUGAGACUUGUACCCGAAAAAGUAAUAGCCAAUCAUCAAAAGUUAAUUCUCUUGGUCUAGAAAGCAUAGGUGGCGUUUUUGUUGUGCUGUUAGCCGGAAUUUUUGUAGCUGGUAUGGUGGCAUUUUUUGAGUUUUGGAUUAGUUUUCAUGGUAACAAUAAAUACAGAAACGUUAAUAUGGAAAUGGGCCAAAUGACCCAAGCUGUUGAUUUAGAAAACGAAUGGAAAUAUCUCCCACCAAAGCGAUGCUUUUGGAUAGAAGCCCUCGAGGAACUUCGUUUUGCUUCAUGGUGUAUGAACAAACAAAAAAAACCGGAGCUUGGCCACAUAUAAAGUUAAUUCUAAGCUAUGUCAAAAGAAAAGUACACUUAAUAUUUUAAACCUAUCGCAUAGAAAACAAAAACUCAUCAAUAAGUUUAUACAGUUUAUAAGUUAUACAGAAUUAUAUAUUAAUUGAAAAAAAAAACAAGAAGUGAAAGCUAAGUUAGGGCGGAGCCAAAAUUUAUAUACCCUUGAAGAUAGAUAGCAGCUUAUAUUAUAAUAUAUCUCGGAUCAUUUAUAGUCGGCCCAUCUUUAUGAGAAUUUCACCAUCAAAUCAAUUUUCUAAUAAAAAUUAUGGAAACAGCUCCAUCAUCUAUAAAAAUAGCAAAGUUGUGCCAAUUCCGAUCGUUCAGUUACAUGUCUGCUAUAAGGUAUAGACGGAAGAUCCAUUUGAAACUGAAGAGAUAAACUGUUGUAGAUAAGAUCUCUCGGCCAAAAAUAACAUGUGUGGAAAGUCUAAUCCCCCUAACUUAAAAAACACCAAAUAAAUAUGGAUGAAUAUUUCUUCUUAUUUUAUGUAUUCUUAUAAUAUAUUUUUAAUAUACAAAAACAAAACGUUCACCUAUUAUUUUGGUUUAUAAAUGCAAUAAAUUGGUUCCUAAAUUACUAAAAGAGACACGUACAUAAAAGGUUAAAUGGAUCAGACAAUAUGAUCAAUGUACACAGUUAGUUUUUAGAAUUAGGAGUUUAUUUACACUAUAUUCACUACUUCCGGGGCCAAACCCCAUUCUUUAAUCAUUAUUAAAUUAAAGUUUAUGUAAAAACUGUUAAGCCCUCGUGUACCAAGUUAUUAUGUACCCCUCAUGUAAGCUUAAAUUGACGCAGCACCAUGACUUUUUGGACAAAGAUUUCAUGUAUGUGCUCAGUUGAAUUCAACCCAUCGGCUUGUUUGGGCGCUAAUAUUCCAAUACUUCACAAACUUUGUUUCAUCCUAGUAAUUUCAAAUAAAACAUUAAAAUCUGCCUUCAAAA